CAUGGAAAGAGAGGAAGUAGAGAGAGAAAACAGAAAGUUAGUUCUCUCUCUACCUGUUGUAAUUGAGAGCAUAGUUCGAGCUAUCCAAAGCUCCCUUCCUCCCUCUCUCUCUCUCUCUCUCUCUCUCUCUCUUCUCCAAAUUCUUCACUUGCGGCGAGUGGGUUGGGAGACAAACCAGGCGAAAUCUUGGCCCAUUUUCCCCUUCUGGCUCCGCCCUUUUCAUUGCUGGAAACCCUAAAGCUCCCCUCUUCUGGUUGCGAGGCUGCCGCUGACCCGCAUUGCCUGAGGGAUUGCUGCUCCAAUGCAUGAAGAAAUGAAGCUCCUUUCUUUAGGAUUGGUGAAAAGAAGCCAACUUUAUCUUACUAGCUGCCGUUUGUAGUUCCUGAAAUUCUCAGGAGAGCUUGAAUAUCAGGUAGGCAGAGAUGAAAUGAUGCUUAGAAGUUAGGGGGAGGGUGUUUAAGAGGGGAGGAAUGGCAGUUGCAACCACCAUUUCGGGUUGUACAAGAAAUUUUUUUUGGUGAGCUGUGUUUUGGACUAGUGCAUGCUGAAAGAAUUUAGUCAGAAGCUGGGGCAGAUCCUGCCAACAUGAUUACAACCGUGUUCUGAGCAAAGGACUGAAGAGACUGGAGAUGAAGUGCCAAUCACCUGGUUGAUAGAGAUGUUUUUCGAUAACGGGAUCGAGAAUUUCUUUGAUGAUGGUUUUGAGGGAUCAACUGAUGAGCGUCGUAUUUUUAGGGAGGUAUUUCUCGGAUACCAUCCCGGGAAUGACGGAGGUAGAAAGUUUUCUGGUGCUUUCAACUUUGAAUGCCCCUUGAGCAAGAACACGGAUUCAUCAAUUUGCUCGAACAGUGAUUGCUCUGCUUUAACCAGUCAGUCCUCUCCGAACAUAUUGUCCCUGCCCGAGCCUGUUACUGUGAAUGACGAUGGCAGAGGGAAUUCUGCUGUAAGAUGUUUCUCAGAUGAUUUUGCUAUCCAACAGAUGAGUAAUCCCCAUGUUUUUCUUGAGCAGACGAAAUUAUCAGUUGAGCAACCUUCUGGUGCUGUAAUUGAUGAAAAAGUUCUCAACUCAUCAAUGAUCUCCUAUGAAAGCAUCUCCGGUACUCCCCAUGGUGCAGAUUCCGUCUUCCAUACUGCCACAUUUCCUUUAGUCGAAUCUUUUCGUCAAGGGGUUGCUUGGAAUUAUUACCUGCUAAAACAGAAUGUGGCAACGAAUGGAGAAGUUAGUGUGGGAAUUACAGAUGCCUUAAAUGGCAGGUUUCUUGCCUUAGAUGGAAACCUUGGGAAGGAGGUCCAUGCUAGUAAAGCUAUUGCAUCACCUGUUUCCCAGGAGAGUUAUGCAACAAGGCUGUUGGUUGCAAGUCAAUCUCCUUGUGUUGGAGGCCAGUUGGAGUAUGCUGCACAGGCAGAUGAGAGGACAAUGGACUAUGAUAUCCCAGGCUUGGGAUCAUCUAGCAUUGUGGAGUCAGAUGCUGCGAAGGAUCCCCGUCCUCUUCUCUUUUCUUAUGCUCUUGACUUACUUAAAGCUGCUGGCUGGCUUAUCACAAAACAUAAAAGACCUUGCAGGCGCUAUCUGGAGUCCAAGUACAGAUCACCUGCAGGGAGAUCAUUUCGUGAAUUUUCAAAAGUAUGGAAAGCAUGUGGGGAAAUUCUAUUGGCUGACAGAUAUGUUAUGUUGCAGCAAGAUGAUGGUCAAGGUUGGAAUGAUAUAACUCUGUUCUUUUCAGAGUUAUAUGAUACACUAAUGAGUAUGAAGAUAGAACAGAAUCAAUUGGGUGUUUCUAGAUCCCUGGUUCAACAGUGGAAUAUCCUGAAUCCCUUUGUAACCGUCAUCUUCAUUGAUAAAAAGAUUGGCAUGCUAAGAAAAGGAGAGGUUGUGAAAGCAAAAUGUAAUUUGCUCGUUGACAAAUACGAGAAGAGAAAUGUUGUUUUAGGGUUGAGUCAUGCAAAUGGCAAGGACGGCCGGAGAGGAACUGCAUUGAACUGUGGAGAUGUUAACAUGAACGAGCAUGCUCAGAGGCAAUUGCCAGGUCCCCUCUCUCACCCCGUAGAAAGUAAGGAGAGACACUUUAAUGACAUAAAUGAGAAAAGAGAUACAGUUCUGGGGUUGAAAUGCGCAGACAAGUACGGCAUGAGGGGUAGUGUUUUAGCAUUGAACCGCGGAGGUGUUAAGAUGAACAAACUCGCUCAGGGGCAAUUGUCAGGUCUCCUCUCUCACCCAGCAGAAUGUAAGGUGAGACUUUUCAAUGACAAAAAUGAGAAAAGGGAUACAGUUCUGGGGUUGAAAUGUGGAGAUUUCAAAGCAAGCCUGCUUUUUGGGGGCCAAUUUCCUGGUUUAAUUUCUGACUGGUCUCACCCUUCAGAUAGUGGGGUAGCAGUACUUGAUGGGAAAGCAGAUGCUUUUCCCAAGCAGUCUCAUGGUGAAUAUUUCUUACAAUCUAGUUUUCAGAGAACUGAAGAGACAGAAAGAUCACUGCUUGGAACAUCAGUUUACAUGCCUACUGUCAAUGAUGAUGGUUUGAUGGAAACUGGCGAAGGGAUUCGAGGGAGACACUGUGAUGAAAUUGAUGGUGGGAACCCUUUACUAACACUGAAUUCUGUAACAGAUGCUGUUAAUGCUAUGCCCAGUCCUUGCAACAAUAAUUUUCCUCGUUCGGGAAGCGUUUACUCCUUGCCCGAUGCUUUGGCAUUAGCUUUCCCUCAUUCAGAUGGCAAGGCAAGUUUCUUUUCGCAUGACCUGGAAAAUGUUGAAAGGCACAGGGAGCUUGUACAAGAUACGUCAAUUGUUGCGUGGGAGAGUAAAAAUUAUUCACAUGAAGAGCAAGGAACUGAUGAGAUGGGACAUAAUCUGGCAACAUUGCAGGGUGAUCAUCCGGACUGCCCUAAUUCUUGCAUCUUAAGCGGUUGUAAAUCAUGCAAAAUUCUGUCAGAGAAUGUGGAACAAAUUGAUUUAAAUGACACAGAACAGUCUGGAAAUAAUGGAAAGGAGACUAAUCAGUGCAGUGUUGUAGAUGUUAUUUUGAAGAAGAAAAUAAGAAGGAGAUUGAAAAAGAUAUCCGAAAUAAAAUCAAUAGAAUUGCAUAAGACUCCGAUAAUUGGCCAGCCUCAUGAUAAGGCCAAGCCUCUGGAUGUCGAUGCAUCUCUUUCUCAAUUAGAGCUGGAUCAGAAGCAGGAACGAGUGGAGGCCGAAGCAAGAAGCCAGGGAAGCUACAAGUCCUCUAUCAGUUUCUCCGAGCAUCAGUUUGAGAAGAAAAGGGUAAAACAGAAGAAAAUCCAUCAGCGUUGCGAUGAUAUAGAGAAAGGAAAGAAAAGAUCACGAAAAUGUGAAAUUGAUGAUGAUGAGCUAUUGGUUUCUGCAAUAAUAAAGAACAAGGAGGUAAGUGCAAGCCUCAGUGGAUCCAAGCCUAAAAGGAAGGGUUGCAAAUCAAGGGUUAGAAGAAUGAUGAAAAGCAAGACUGGUGGGUGCAGGCUGCUUCCACGUCAGCUGGGAAAGGCAGGGAAGCUCUCCUUAGAGGGAAAGUGGUCUUUGUUAGGUGCUAGAUCAGUGUUGUCAUGGUUAAUUAAUUCUGGUGUCAUAUCUCCCAAGGAUGUGAUCCAAUAUCGUGAUCCAAAAAAUAAGACUCUGGUAAAAGAUGGCCGAGUUACCAUGGAUGGCAUUAUUUGCAACUGUUGUAAUGAGGUGCUGUCACUCAGUCAGUUCAAGAUUCAUGCUGGUUUCAAGCUGAACCGUCCUUGUCUUAGUCUUUUCAUGGAAUCUGGAGAGCCCUUUACUUUGUGUGAGCUUCAAGCUUGGUCAUCUGAGUACAAGUCCAGAAAGAGUGGGAAGCUAACCCACCAAGCUGAUGAUAAUGAUCAGAAUGAUGAUUCUUGUGGACUAUGUGGUGAUGGGGGCGAAUUGAUAUGCUGUGAUAAUUGCCCUUCUACUUUUCAUCAGGCAUGCUUGUUAACUGAGGACCUCCCAGAAGGCAAUUGGUAUUGCGCUAAUUGUACCUGUCGCAUGUGUGGAUGUCUGGUCGACAGGAGUUCUUCUGAUGCACGGAAGUGCUCACAGUGUGAGCAUAAAUAUCACGAGUCAUGCAUGAAAGAAAAAAAAUUGGAUCCAGUGGUCUCUGACGCUUGGUUUUGUGGUGGAAGCUGCCGGGAGGUUCAAUCUGGGCUUCAUUCUCGCAUUGGUCUCAUUAAUCACAUUGCUGAUGGUUAUUCAUGGACACUUCUUCGAUGCAUCCAUGAUGACCAAAAGGUUCAUUCUGCUCAAAGGUUUGCCCUGAAGGCAGAAUGCAACUCGAAGCUAGCUGUUGCUCUCUCUAUAGUGGAGGAAUGUUUUGCAUCAAUGGUGGAUCUGAGGACGGGCAUAGAUAUGAUACCCCAUGUUAUGUAUAAUUGGGGGUCAGAGUUUGCGCGCUUGAACUUUCAAGGAUUCUGCACAAUGGUCCUGGAGAAGGAUGAUGUGCUGAUAACUGCUGCCUCUGUCAGGCUGCAUGGAGUAGCAGUUGCUGAGAUGCCCCUCAUUGCAACCUGCAGCAAAUUUCGACGCCGAGGAAUGUGUAGACGCCUUAUGACUGCUUUGGAAGAGCUCCUGAUAUCUUUGAAAGUGGAGAAGCUUGUGAUAGCUGCCAUUCCGGAGCUGGUAGAAACAUGGACCAAGGGCUUUAACUUUGAGAUUGUGGAGAAGGAUGAGAAACAGAGCCUGAAGAAGAUCAACUUGAUGGUGUUCCCCGGGACGAUCCUUCUCAAAAAGCCUCUUUUUCAAAGCCAUAAUGCAGAUACUCGAACAGGACAUGUCGGACUUGAGGAUUUUGCUAAGGAAGCUAACACGCAUCAACUCUCAAUAAAUGAUGCCCCAGAUUCAGAAGUCAUCCCUGCCAUCAAAUCGGAGCAUCAGCCCCAGGGAGAACCUCAUAACAAGGACGACAUCUUGGGGGAAAAAAUCAAUAGCAUGGAGCAGCCUGUUGCGCAAGGAAAGCCCAAAAGAGUUGAUCAGACAAUAAUCGUCAAGCCUGUAAAUAAAGAUGGUUUAGUCCCUGGUAGACCAGAGAUCGAUUCCAAAGGUCCAAAGGUAGUUUUAGGAUUAACUAUUCUGCGGGACCAGUUUUUGAAGCCGUCCUGCACAGAGUCGGUGUGUAAUGCCGGUGUUAGCCCAUCUGUAUAUGGUCUAAAACAGGUCUCGUUCCGAGGAACAGUCUCGGAGGCCUUGUGAAGUGAACGGUGAAUUAAGAAAUGACGAAAUGCAUAUUUUUGGUGUAAUCUGUUGGCUCCCUUGAUCAGUA